AUGUUGGAUGCGUUUGAAGUUGGUGGAGAUUUUCAUUCAAGAACUGCAAUGAAUAUGUAUCCUUACAUCUGUGAAGCCAUUGAAAGUAAACAAGUUCUUGUAGAAUGGCAUCCUCAACCUGGUCAAGAAACUCCACCUGUUCCUCUUCUAAAGGAUAUUUUUGCUUCUGAAAGGAGAAAAGCAAAGAUGCUUAAUUUUUCCAUUGCGUAUGGGAAAACUACUAUUGGGCUGUCGCGUGAUUGGAAGGUUUCGGUUAAUGAAGCAAGAGAAACGGUUGCGCAAUGGUAUGGAGGUAGAGAAGAAGUGUUAAGGUGGCAAGAAGCACGUAAAAAGGAAGCUCACAGAAUUGGAUGUGUAUAUACAUGGUUGGGACGUGCACACACUUUUCUGUCUACCAAAAAUGCCCAUCCAUCUCACAGAGGUAACUUUGAGCGUGCUGCCAUUAAUACCCCCCCUCGGUCCAGGUUUAUUUUCUAA